ACACACAGCUUAGACGUAGGUUACCAAUCCAUUUAUUCGUCCCGUUAUUUCUAAGGUAAAUGAGCAGAAAAACGAUGGACACGGUUAUUUUUGCGUAGAAGAAGGGAUCGAGAACCACGAUUAAUUAGUAUUUUCUACUAUUGACUAGGACCCUUGCCCACAUUUGGUUAUGAAAUCCGGACAAAGUGUUGUGAAGAAUAUUUUAGAACCCAUCGAAUCGGCAGCGCGCCACUUGAAUGUGGUACAACUCGAAAGCUAGAUAUCAUCAUUGAUGUGCCGCGUACAUUAGCAGCUCACUCAGUAAGGUCGCAUUAGACAUAUUUGUCCCCGCACCCAAUGUUUAGCAGGAAGGCCAAAACCUGCCCAUAAAAAACAAAAAUGAGUGAGCCUGGGCAAGUGACUCGACGAUAGGAUACAGAAGGUGGGGUCAGGAAAUGCCCAUGCGUCAUCAUCUAAAGGGUAAAGAAAACAUGAGGACAACGUUGCGGUAUGAAGGGUCAUUAUCGCACCUUGACUGCAUAAAUCGAAUGAAGCUGCGCAGAGAAGCAUCAGAAGAUGCACCCGAUCAGGGUGAUAUUGCGUUUAGUGUGCGAAAAUGAUCAAUUAAGAGAGCUAAAUAGUCGAUGAACUCGAAGAUCAUCCGCAUCAAGGGGGUUUCUAUCAAAGUUGUCGUCUUAAGAUGUUGCUUAAAAAAUGAUGAUUUGUGUUUUUGUUUUUGUUUCAUUGCUAUUCAUAUCUUUCCUUUUAUCUUCUUCACUUUCUUACUUGUCUACAUUUCGGUAUUUGUGAAAGCGACACACAGGUCGCCAAUUGGAUGUAUCUUGAAUGAUAGCUUUCUAUUUCAUAAAUUGCUGUGUGUCCCUCCCUUACUUUCUCUCGUUUCCUUUUUCCAUACCCACACUCAUUUGCCCAUUUUUUCCUCUUCGUCAUACAGACUAACUGAAGCACUAUUUCCAAGAUCGCAUCUAUUUUUUUUCCUCUUACUAAUCAUCGUCUUAACUAAACUAUUAUCUUGCGCAGAAGGGAAAAUUCACCCCCUUUUCUGCUAUCGAUUCGGCUGA